AUGCAGGAGGAUAACCUGGUCUUGGGGUGCGGAGCCAAGGAGUACCUCCGACGGAUGUCUGUCACUUGGACAAGUCCUUUGUCCGACCAAAAUCGUGUGACCGCUUCAAACCAGUUUGCCUUACCGGUGCUUGGUUAUCUUCUGUGGACGCAACAGUGGCCGAUAAUGGCUAUACAGGUGAUCGACAGGAAAGCUCGGAAUAUUGUUAUUGAGAACGGGGGAAGGUACCCUUGUGGCUCCAAUGCGAUAUUUUACCUUCGGUGAUAGAAGGUCGGCAGAGGUUUACGUUCGGUAGAGAUGGAAUAUAAAGGCACGAGGUUUAAGGGUACGGUUAGACUCUAUUGUAAUCAAGAUCCGGCCAUACAAAUGAUGCGGGAGUUUGAAGGGCGAGCGGAGGAAAUGGGACGGAGGUCCAUGGUUAAAGAAGCGUUGAGGUUCGCGGAGGAACUUGGUGUCGAACUUAAUUUGGAGCAUCUUCGUAUAGUCAAGACGGAACUGCGAAAGUGUCAAGUAGAGAGGCUAGAAGAAGAUAGAAAUCAGCGAAGGCGGGGAAGUCUAGUUAUAGCUAGGUUUCGGGAUGAGAAGUUGAGCGCUAGUGGAUGCUUUGGUGGCUGACAGAGUGCAAGUCCUGUCCAAACGAUCAACUACUACCAACUCGAUUAUAUGCGCGUCAGAAGACCCAAACAAGUUCUGACGAGCAGCUGCUACAUGACCCAGUUCUGAGGGCGAGGCGUGGUGUACGUUGUGCAGUAAGGCCCCAGAAAGUGUGGCUCACAUCUUGUCUGGGUGCGGUGCGCUGGCACAGAGCAAGUAGCUUUCCCGAUACGACUCAGCCUUAA